AUGAUGACGUGGGAUCACAAACAAUUCCGAAUGUUAUAUGUUACAUUGGCAUCUGGAAUUUUUGGAGUAUGUUUGAUAUUGUUUCUCAAACCAGUAAGUCAGGUUGAUGAUAAUGGGUGGAUGGAUGGAUUUGCUAGACUCGGUUCUGGACCCGAGAUCCUGAAAUGGCUCACCAGCCUCUUCCUCAUUCCCGUAUCUUUUUAUUCGUUGCCUGCUGCGGGACGAUCAGAGGAUGAAAGGGCUAUUGCCGUCGAUGAUUUCGUCAACAGCCUUAUUUCCAAGUACCCUUAUUGGUACAGAACUUUGGGCACCGAUCACUUAUUCGUAACCUGUGCAGACAUUCAUGUGACUGCUACUGCACGAAUUGCUAAUUUUUUGAAGAACUCAAUUAGAGUCAGGUCCGCAAGCAUUUCCAAUGGAAUCUACCUCCAGUCAGACUUGAUGCAUUUCAUAUGA